AGAUGAGGUAGGAAUGACCACUCCCUGGUAUCUGAUUUCUAAGGCUUGAUCGUCUCCCAUAUACAAGGCCUUGGCUACACAAUUUGGGUGCCCAUGAGGUGUUCCAGAUAUUCCUGCUGCCUAUGGCUCAUAGUGGUAGUGAUUCUGACUGGCAGACCUGAGGAACAGCACUGUCCAGAACCAGCGUUGUGUCCUCCAGAUUCUCCGGAAGCCUGUUGACCCUUUUCAAAAAAGUUUGUCUGGCACCCACUUGCAGAGUAGUAGCAGCUAGUGCCCACUCUGCAGGGACCCUAAUGGCCUGUUGAUCCCUGUCUUGAGUGUGCCUGUUAAAGAAGCUCUGCCUGCCUGCGGGUUUCCAGGUUUCCCUCAUCAAGGCUAGUGUAGGUGGCUAGGGAGGGCCUCCAGGUGUGACUUGGAUCUCUCUGACAGGCCCUUCCCACUGCUGGGUUCACCCUAUCUCCUCCCUUUGGCCUUACUGAUUUCACCCUGCCCAGCCAGCUUUUCACUUUGCAAAAGCAGUUCAGACACUCCCCUAUUUCACCAGCCUGGGCGGCCCUUACUGUGUAAAGGGAGCAGCUGUUUGUCUCUUCUAUGGUCCUCAUUGGCCUAGAGCAAGGGCGGAGGGCACUUCCGAGGGAGGGAACCUAGAGCUACAUUGCCUGGACCCCACUUUCCCUCACUAGCUCUGCAAUCUCCACAUCAUGGUUGGAGAACACUGCAGUCUCCCUUCAGAGCGAACUCUGCUCAACCAUCCCCCCAAAACUGGACUUCGGUGUAAAAUGGUGCUUCAGGCCAUCAGCAAAGUGCUCAGGAAGUCUAAAGCUAAGCCAAACGGCAAGAAACCUGCUGCAGAAGAGAAGAAGGUGUACCUGGAGCCAGAGCACACCAAGUCCAGGAUCACUGACUUUGAAUUCAAGGAGCUGGUAGUGCUGCCCCGGGAGAUCGACCUCAACGAGUGGCUGGCCAGCAACACAACAACAUUUUUUCACCACAUCAACCUGCAGUAUAGCACAAUCUCAGAAUUUUGCACAGGAGAGACGUGUCAGACAAUGGCCGUGUGCAACACACAAUACUACUGGUAUGACGAGCGGGGGAAGAAGGUCAAGUGCACCGCCCCCCAGUAUGUUGACUUUGUCAUGAGCUCUGUGCAGAAGCUGGUAACUGAUGAAGAUGUGUUCCCCACAAAAUACGGCAGAGAAUUCCCCAGCUCCUUCGAGUCCUUGGUGAAGAAGAUCUGCAAGUAUCUGUUUCACGUGUUGGGCCACAUCUACUGGGCCCACUUCAAGGAGACCCUGGCCCUUGAGCUGCAUGGACACUUGAACACACUGUACGUGCAUUUCAUCCUCUUUGCCAGAGAGUUCAACCUGCUUGACCCCAAAGAAACCGCUGUCAUGGACGACCUCACUGAGGUGCUGUGCAGCAGCCCGGGUAACAGUGGUGCCACUGGGGAUGGGGCCAGCAGUGGAGCUUCUGGAGCACAGAACCACGUGAAAGAGAGAUGAGUCUCCAGGGCCAGAUGGGUGCACAUGUGCAAAAAGACAACUGUGUGUCUGUGUGUGCGCACACAUGCCCGGGCGUGCUGGUGGCAAGGUCUGAGGGCCCCGGGCUGCUCAGAGUGUGGGCUCCAUGGAUGCCGCUGGAGUCAAGGCGUGUUUCCUGACUUCCCUGUUGGAUGGAUGAGUGCUGUUUGUAGUGAAGAGCCUUUGGAGUCAUUCAUUCAUUCAACAAACAUUUAUUGGACUGAUGUUUUGAUUUUUCUUCUGUGGGGUUUUCCUUUCUUGGGUCUUCCAUGUGGCUCUUGCCCUCCCCUCCCCCCUGGGGGGGGGGGAGCUCUGCAGCUUUGAAAGGAGCACCUAGUGAGAGGUGUCUCCCCUUUAGGAGGCUUGCCCUGCAGAUCUGGAGUUCUGCUGUGCUUUGGGGAUGGGCUUUUACAGAGGCCUGCCCUGCAGCUUUCCUCCCUAGCCCUUGCCUGGAUCUUGGCUCAGAGUCCCUGGGGUAGAGAGGCCUGCCUGGGGUGACCCAGGAGGGCCCACACCUGCUGCUUGCUCCUGUUACCCCUUCUUGCUGCCUCCUCAGUGCCCAAGGAGGCCCCAUUUGUGCAUAGGGGCCAGGGCAGCCCAGAUCCUGGCAGAGCCCCUGUGUGGAGACAGGGCUGUCAGUGAAAGGCAGAAUCUGCUUUAGUUCAUCUGUUCAGACAUAAUAAACAAUUCUCUCAGGUCAGA